GAACAAUUUUCAAACAAGUGCAAGCCUCAGAAAGGACUGUUUGGGAUAAUUCACGAAAGAAUCGUCUCUUCUUCCUCCUUGACAUCUUCUGGAAUUGGACGUAAACUGGAAUAUGUUUCGGGCUGAAGAGUGGAGGCAGAGGAGCGUUGAGGUGUGCUGGACGGAGGCCACAGCUCGGCCGGAUGGCAGGAGCCUCCCAGAACCCACUGAACUCUAAUCACAUCCCAGAGGAGUCGCAGGGGUGAUACAGUUCACGUGGAAACACUGAAAAGGUUGUGAGCCCAUGAGGUCGUCUGUGCUGGUCCUGUUCCUGUUCUUCAGUGCCGAGGCUGUGGCCGCCAUCAGAGGGGACUCGUGCACCGCCACAGCGGCACAGCAGAAGGACCCGGGCAGCAACCCCAACCCCAACCCCGACUCCAUCCCCGUCGUGGACCCCAAGCUCUUCACUAAGCGCCACCGCCUCUCGCCCCGGGUGCUUUUCAGCUCUCAGCCCCCAGAUGCAGAUCCAGCAGGGCCACAGGGCGCCGACGGCAGCAGCAGCAGCAGAAGGACGCGCAGGCGAGCGGGGCAGUCGCAGCACCGUGGGGUGUACUCAGUGUGUGACAGUAUCAGCGUCUGGGUGGGCAACAAGACCAAGGCCACGGACAUCUCGGGCAACGAGGUGACAGUGCUCCCAGACGUGAACAUCAACAAUGUCAACAAGAAGCAGUACUUCUUCGAGACGACGUGUCACAACGCUCGAUCGGGCGGCUCCAGCUGUCUGGGGAUCGACGCGAGACACUGGAACUCCUACUGCACCAACUCGCACACGUUCGUGAGGGCGCUGACGUCGUUUAAGAACCUGGUGGCGUGGAGGCUCAUACGCAUCAACGUGGCCUGCGUGUGCGUGCUCAGCCGCAAGUCAUGGCGGCAGUGAACUUAUCACCAAAGACUUCUCACCCUCUGCACAAAGUAAAUUAUUGGUAUAUGUAAAAGUAUCAGGACUGCAUGUAUACACACCAGACCUGGGUCAAAGAGUAUGUGGUUUGCAGCUAUUGUGUCUAUUGUUUGUUUGUAUUUUACCUGUUUUAAAAGUGUUAGGGGGCUGUAGCUGUGUCAGUACCAAUAUCAGCUGUGGUUUAUAGUCAUCAGUCUCUGGUUACUGAAAAUGUAGCUGCUAAGGUGGCUCUAUUAUUAGCAUGAUGCUAAAAAGGCAAUUUGUGCGUGAAUAUAUUGUUUUGUGUGUGAAAUAAGAACUAUUAGUCCAAAAGAUAAGAAACUAAUAUGAAUGACAACUGAAUAAAACCCCUAAAAGAUGCAAAAACGGAAUCUUAAAGAGUUCAGGCAAGAUAUUUUGCCGGUUCUUCAGUCGUGUAGUAAAAAAUUGUUUUAAGCGCUGUUAAAAUUGUACAUAAAUGUGCUUUUAUAGGAUUAACAAUUAGAUAUUGCUCACAAUAUGGGACAUUUCGGCGCGUCACAAAAGAGGAAGCUGCACUGAUGCCGGCUCCGCUUCAUCAGAUGUCUCAGUACGACAGUGAACCAGCAUGGGAACGAAGGCAGGGCAACCCCUAAGUGGAAGGCAUAAAUCGUUAUUACACUCACGCUUUCCCGACUAUGACACGUCAUAACGCUAUGCUGCGAUAAAAGCUUCAGCUAAACUUCACUUCUUAAGAAGACGCAUGAUGAUUAUAUGAUAAGCCCAAACAGCCACAGGUGAUUCAAACUCAGACCAUGGUAAUUAAGCAAACUGGUUUCAGAUGCCUAAUUCUUCUUAAUUACAAUCCGCUGAGGAAAGAAUCUAGAAAUGCCACCACAUAUACAGUAUGGGUUAGAUCGUUUUCCAUCUAGUCUGAUAAAUAUAACAUUGGACUUGGGCUGCAGUAUUAUGCCACGUAAUCAGUUCUCCAUUCUUUUCCAAAAUAAACACAUUUUGAAUGUGAUAAUGCCGUAUAAACUCUGAGAAGUGAAUAAAGUUUGAGCUAAUUGAUAAUAUUCACGUAUAAAAGGGCUUAUAGGCAAAGUAUGAUGAUUUUAAACCAGUGUUCGCUCUUUGUAGAACGUUCAGUUUAGUGGUAUUCACUUGACUCACUGUGCUGGGCUCCGCAACUGAGAUUAGCCGAAAGAUUUUAAACUGCAUCUGUUUUAAAACAGUGAUCUUGUUCAGACAGUGCAGGCUUAAACCUGUCGUAAUCUUAAACUGCAGCAAAGCUAGUGACAGAGCAACAGCCCCUGGGAGUUUUGGCACAGAAACACAAGCUUCUUGCAUCGUAUAUUUCUGCCACGCAUCAUAUUGUCCUAUUUUACACCCCGCUCACUGCAAGAAAUGCAACAAACAAACUUUGCAAAUACAAUUUGACCCGGGCCUGAUAUAAGCAAAGGUUUUCUUAAAAUGUUGUCGUUGGUAUUGUUAUUUAUUAAACACUUACAAACAUGCA